ACAUAGCAACCAUGACAAUGCCUACUAUGUGUUUGUUAAUUCUCUUUUCUGUCAUUUAUGGCAGUGUAGCUACUCAUCAUUUUAGCAGAAAUCUUCAGACUCUGUCUUCUGAUUCCAAUGAUCAACCUUACAGAACUGCUUACCACUUCCAACCUCCCAAGAAUUGGAUAAAUGAUCCCAAUGGACCAAUGAGAUAUGGAGGACUUUACCAUCUGUUCUAUCAAUACAAUCCAAAAGGUGCAGUUUGGGGAAAUAUUGUGUGGGGACAUUCAGUGUCAAAGGAUCUUGUGAACUGGACCACACUAGAUCCUGCCAUCUUCCCAUCUCAGCCGUCUGAUAUAAAUGGUUGUUGGUCAGGAUCAACCACACUGCUUCCUGGGAACAAACCAACCAUUUUGUACACAGGAAUUAACUCUAUGAAUAAACAAGUUCAAAACUUGGCCAAGCCCAAAAAUUUGUCUGACCCUUUUCUUAGGGAAUGGGUUAAGUUCCCCCAAAACCCUGUAAUGGCACCAACUAGUGAUAACAAUAUAGUUCCAGACUCAUUUAGGGAUCCCACCACUGCUUGGCUAGGACAAGAUGGACACUGGAGAGUACUUGUUGGAAGCAGAAGAAGAACUAGGGGAAUGGCACUGUUGUAUAGGAGCAAAGACUUUGUUAAUUGGGUUCAAGCCAAGCACCCUUUUUAUUCAACCAAAGACAGUGGAAUGUGGGAGUGCCCAGAUUUUUUUCCAGUUUUGAAGAAUGGUCAAUUGGGUGUUGAGACAUCUGUGAAUGGUGAUGAUGUUAGGCAUGUACUCAAGGCUAGCUUGAAAGGACAUGAUGAUUAUAUUAUAGGGAAUUACAAUACUUCCAAGGAUGUGUUUGUCCCUGAUAAAGGGUUUGAUGAAUUUGUUUUAAGAUUUGAUUAUGGAAAAUACUAUGCCUCAAAAUCUUUCUUUGAUGAUGGAAAGAAGAGAAGGGUUUUGCUUGGGUGGGUGGACGAAUCAUCAAGUGAGGCAGAUGAUAUCAAGAAAGGAUGGUCUGGAAUCAUUGCAAUUCCAAGGGCCAUUUGGUUGCACAGGUCUGGUAAACAGCUGGUACAAUGGCCUGUGAUGGAAAUUGAAAAGCUUCAUGCAAACCCAGUGAACUUGCCCCCACAAGUACUAAAAGGAGGACAAUUGCUUCAAAUUAAUGGUGUUACAGCAACACAGGCUGAUGUUGAAAUUUCAUUUGAAGUGAGUAAAUUGAUAGAGGCUGAAGUAUUGGACAAUUGGACAGACCCCCAAAUUCUGUGUAGUCAAAAGGGUUCAUCCAUUAAAAGUGAAUUGGGGCCGUUUGGUCUGCUAGUUUUUGCUUCUGAGGGAUUGCAAGAGUUCACAUCAGUUUUCUUCAGAAUAUUCAAAUACCAAAAUAAAAAUUUGGUGCUCUUAUGCAGUGAUCAAAGCAGGUCUUCCUUAAAUAAAGACAAUGAUUUGACCACUUAUGGAGCUUUUGUUGACGUGGAACCUCUUCAUGAACAGCUUUCAUUGAGAACACUGACUGAUCAUUCUGUCGUAGAGAGUUUUGGAGGAGAGGGAAGAGCUUGUAUCACAGCCAGAGUUUACCCCACAUUGGCGAUCAAUGAUAAAGCACAACUAUAUGCUUUCAAUAAUGGCACUGCUGAUGUUAAUAUUACAAGACUGAAUGCUUGGAGCAUGAAGAAAGCACAAAUAAAUUGACACUAAGGAAUUUCAAAAAUACAAAUGGCGAUUUACAGUGUAUACUUACAAACUAUCUGCAUUCAAAUGUCUCAAUAAUUUUUUUUGAUGUUAAUAAAUAUGUCAUCCUCUUAA